CUUCACGUGGCUGCAAUUGAAAUUCCUCUCCUCCCCGGAAGCAGUCUGCGUGGACUGUAACGUGGCUGCAGCACGCACGCGCAGUGUGUGUCUCACUGGGAGGAGGUUAUAGAGCAGUACAGGUCCCGGGAGUCUUCCGGGUCUGGUCCUUCAAUUUCAAACCUGAGGCGCUCUGGCCGCUGUCCUGCACGCGGGAAGCCUCACUAUCGCUGUGGGCCUUGAAAUGCCGCUGCGCCUCACGCAGCGCUGAACCCCAGCCCCAUAUCCAGGUCCUUCUGCCCGUGAGUGUGGUGGAAGAGGAUAAAGGGGCUGUGUGGACACCUUUGAAACCACAUCCUUAACGUGCACACUUGACUCCUCAACACAUCGUCUUCUGAGAAAACAACCCAGAGCCUGAGCAGGAUGACAUGGCCACUUCUCAGGGACCAUUGACCUUCAGGGACGUGUCAGUAGAUUUCUCUCAGGAGGAGUGGGAAUGCCUGGACCCAGGUCAGCGGAAAUUGUACGUGGAUGUGAUGUUGGAGAACUACAGGAACCUGGUCUCCCUGGGCCUUUUAGUCUCUAAGCCUGUUCUGGUCACCUUUUUGGAGCAAAUGAAGGAGUGCUGGAUUGUGAAUACAGAAAAGACAGGAUCUGCCUCCCCAGCUGUUUCAUCUGAAGGCAGUCAGGCCUUGUUGAGAAAGCUGGGGAUGGAAGAUUUAUUCUCUACAGUAAUACUGAGUACAUGUAAUGAAGGCAGAAGUUAUCAAGGUAAUGAACAUUGGAAAAAUUUUGACUGUGGGUUUAAUCCUUACAAACAUGAGAAUCUCCAGCUGCCAGACAACCAUUAUAAAGGCCAGAAACUCUUUGAGAAAAUGUCAAGUUACAGUACACAUGAGGUUAUUCCUAUUGUGGAGAAAACAAACAAACAAGGUGAAUGUGUCCAGUCUUUGAAGCAAUCCUCCAGUCACAUUAAACAAGGGAAUAUUGGUACCAGUGAAGUCACUUACAAAUGUGAACCGUGUAGCAAAGUCUUCAGUCUUAUACUCAAUCAAAAUAGACAUCUUAAGAAAUGCCAGACUGGAGAAAACCAUUCUGAAUAUAAAGAAUGUGGAAAAACAUUCAGUCAAACUUCAGGUCUUACUGUACAUGAGAAAAUUGAUACUGGAAAGAAGUUUUCCAAAUGUAAAGCAUGUGGCAAAGUGUUUAAAGGGCAUUCAUGCUGUACUUCACAUGAGAAAAGAAUUCAUACUGGGGAGAGACGUUACCAGUGCAGAGAAUGUGGUAAAGCCUUUAGCAAGUUGUCAUACCUUACACGGCAUGAGAGAAUUCAUACAGGAGAAAAGCCUUAUAAAUGUGGAGAAUGUGGUAAAGCCUUUAGCCAGUCCUCAGGGCUUAUUCAACAUCAGAAAACUCAUACUGGGGAAAAGCCUUAUAAAUGUAGAGAGUGUGGUAAAGUCUUUAGCAAGGCAUCAUACCUUACACGUCAUGAGAAAAUUCAUACAGGAGAAAGGCCAUAUAAAUGUAGAGAAUGUGAUAAAGCCUUUGUGUGGUUGUCAAACCUUACACGACAUGAGAGAGUUCAUACUGGUGAGAAGCUUUUUCAAUGUAGAGUGUGUGGUAAAGCUUUUAACCAAUCCUCAAAACUUAAAUGUCAUCACAGAAUUCAUACUGGAGAGAAGCCAUAUAAAUGUAAAGAAUGUGAUAAAUCCUUUCGCCAGCCCUCAGCGUUUAUUCACCAUCAGAAAGUUCAUACUGGAGAGAAGCCUUAUCAAUGUAGAGAAUGUGGUAAAGCCUUUACAGAGUCCUCAAUCCUUACUAAACAUCAGAGAAUUCAUACUGGUGAGAAGCCUUAUAAAUGUAGAGAAUGUGGUAAAGCCUUUACGGAGUCCUCAACACUUACUAAUCAUCAGAGAAUUCAUACUGGAGAGAAGCCUCAUGAAUGUAGAGAAUGUGGUAAAACUUUUCGGGUGUCCUCAACCCUUACCAAACAUCAAAGAAUUCAUACUGGAGAGAAGCCUCAUGAAUGUAAAGAAUGUGGCAAAGCUUUUAGGGUGUCCUCAACCCUUACCAAACAUCAAAGAAUUCAUACUGGAGAGAAGCCUCAUGAAUGUGGAGAAUGUGGUAAAGCUUUUAGGGUGUCCUCAACCCUCAUUCAACAUCAGAAAAUUCAUACCUUGUAGAAGUCUUAUAAAUGAAGAGAAUGUGGCAAUUCCUUUAGGCAGUGGACCACUGUUAGUGAACAUAAAGAAGUCAUGAUGUAGAAAACCCUUAUUCAUGUACAGAAUGUGUAAAUCAUUUUGCCAGCCCUCAAACCUUACUGAAGAUUAGAAAAUUCAUAGUGGUUUAAAGUCUUAUAUGUGUAAGAAAUGUGGCAGGGCCUUUAACCAGGGUUUUAACUUAAUUGGAUUUUGGAAAGUUUACACUGGACAAAAAUUUUUCAAAUGUAACAAUUGUAAAGUUUUUAACAACUCUCAAAAUUCACUCAGCAUCACAGAAUUCACAAAACUGGAGAGAAGCCUUAGGAAUAUGUAGAGUGCAAGAAAUACAAAAAGAGACCUACAGAUACCAGGAAUGUGGUAAAGACUUUUGUUUGCAGUGGAUUCUUACUAGAUUUUUGUAUAAUUCAUUCUCAAGAAGUUUUACAAAUGUGGAAAAUCCAUUAUCUGCCACUUAAUUAGCAAAUAUCAGAAUUUACAGAAGAGGUAAAUGUUAAAUAUGUAGAUAAUAUGGCAAAGCCAUUACUUGCUUCUCAAAACGUACUGAUCAGAUCAUGGAGAGAGCUUGCAUUACCAAAUAGACCCAUGGUGGGGAGACAAAAUAUUAUUACUGAAUGGACCCACCUUCUUCCCCCUGUUUUAUGUUCACCUUUCCCCCUUCCAAGGAGUUAUGACUCUCAAUGUCAAAGAUUGGUGAAAUGAAUUAUUUAUUCAAAAGUUAUAUAGACUUAGAGUAGUGACUUACUGUCUUUGUUAAAAUCCCAAAGCCCCUUAAAACACCAACAAACACACAGAAUCCUUCCUUCCCCCUUUGUCCAGUCCAGGGUACUGUAUCUCAGGAAAAAAGAAGAAGUCAAUGGCUCUGGUAGCCCCUGAUUCUUCUCAGUAAUCUGUACUCAGCUGGCAGGCCUCCUGUGGUUCCCAGCACCAUCAGCUGUGUUGCCAGGAUCUCCAGUUAAUCCAAAACCAUGUGGUACCUUCUCAUGGUCCACCAGCAAGAGUCCUUUCACCUCUUUUCUUCCCAUAGCAUGCCUCCUGCAUUCUUCCAAACUACUAAGGAGAGCUCUGCAUUGCUGCUACAUCUUGCUUUCCAGCUUUCUAAGCUGUGUGGCAAAGGGAGUUCCCAAAGCCAAAGUUCCAUGGUCCCCUCUUACUCCAAGCUCUCACACAGGCACUGCAACCAAGGGGAGCUGCUUCCCAGUUACAUCCAUUACAAAUACCUAUUUGGGGUCCCCCACCUGGCUGCACCCUGUACACUUGGAGAUAUAAAAAGUAUGGGAAAGCAUUUUUAUUGGAAUUUGUACAGUACUAAACAUCAGAUAAAACAUUGACAAAAAAACACAGAAAAUGUGGCAAAUUUUCUCACUACUGUUGUCUAUCCCACACAAAAUGAGACCAAUCACAGUGGAGAGAAGGCUUACAAAUGUAAAACAUGAGGCAAAGCUUUAAAAUGAAAUUCAUGUCUUUAUGUGAUAGAUGAAUUCAUACUGGGGUGAACUCUUGCAAGUAUAGAGAAUGUAACAAAUCCUUUGGAUUAGUAAGCACCAUCACAGGAUUUAUAUUGUUUAGGAAAACAUAUAAAUAGAUAAUUUGGCAAAUCUUAUAUCCAGUCCUCAAGUUCUAGUGACCAUGAGCAAUAUACUGAAGGAAAGCUGUAUAAUUAUGGCCUGACUGUGUGCAAUGACUUUAAUUGCUCCUCAAAAAUUACUUGAAAUUAGAGUAUUCAUACUGGAGUGAAACCUUACAAAUGUAGUGUAGGUGACAAAAGUGUUAAUUAUCAUGGAUCUCUUAACAUGAUAGAAGUCAUACUGAAGAAAAACCAUACAAAUACAGAGAAUUUGGAUAAGGUUUAACCAUGAUUCAAAACUUACUCUGUAUCGGAGAAUUCCUGUGUCCCUUAAAAAGACACAAUAAAAAUACAAACAAUUUAAAAAUAACUUUCACCAUUGGUCAAGCCUCAUUCAACGUCAGAGAAUUUAUUUUGAAGAGAAGUGCUAUAGAUGUAUCAAGUCCUUAAUCCUCAUUCAUACCUACUUAACAACCUAUUCAUACUGGAGAAAAGCCAAAAAGAAAAAAUGUGGAAAAGCUUUAGCAAGUACUCAGACCCUACUCAACAUCAGAAUUCAUUCUAAAGAGAAAAAAUAUUAAUGAAAAGAAUGUUUAAGACUUCUUUGCACAUUAAUAGCUUAUUUGACACAUGAGAAUUCAUACAAGAUGAAAAUCUUAAAGGUCUGUGAACUCUUACAAAUUGGGUUUCAGUCAUGUACUUUUCCGUAGAAGACUGAGGGCAUCGUAAUCCACAAUAUAUGAACAAAAUCUGAAUGGAGAUACUGUGUGGUUGACUCUGAACUUUGCAUGUCAUCACGAGGGCAUAUUUUUGCAUAAGAAAGAGAAACAUUAAGCCCCAGCCGGGUAGCUCAGUUUGUUAAACCAUUGUCCUGAUUCAGCAGGAUUGUAUGUACGUUUGAUCCCUGGUUAGAGCACAUACAAGAAGCAUCAAUGAAUGCACAAAUAAGUGGAAUAACAAAUGGAUGCUUCUCUCUAUGUCUUCCUCUCUGUAAAAUCAAUAAUUUUUUUGAAAAGAAAAAUAUUAAGAAUUUUUUAAUUUUGUAAUAACUUGUUGGAAUAAAAUUCAUGUAGCCCUGGCUGGUGUGCUCAGUGGAUUGAAUUGAUUUAUAUUUGUGUGCAUGAAUGUAUCAAUGGUUUUUGCAAAUGUCAUCAUUUCAUAAAUAAGUUUUUAAUUUAAUAAUUGUAAUGAUAUCUUGAGCUCUGGUUGGUGUGGCUCAGUGGACUGAGUGCCAGCGUGUGAACCAAAGGUUCACUGGUGUAAUUCCCAGUCAGGGCAUAUGCUUGGGUUGUGGACCAGGUCUCCCUCACUCAGUAGGGGCACAUGACAGGCAACCACACGUUGAUGUUUCCCUCUCUUCCUCUUCCCCUCUCUCUAAAAAUAAAU